AUGGUGAUGAUGGCAGAGGGCGACCGAAGAGACGAAAGCGUCGCGGUUGCGGUUGCGAUCGAUCGAGGCAAAGGAAGUCAGGCUGCAAUGAAAUGGGCUGUUGAUAGUCUUCUCACACCAGGAGAGACUCUUACCCUUAUUCAUGUUAGAGUCAAGCAAACCAAUCCUAAUAAUGGAACUAACCCAAAUAAAUGUGGAGAUGACUACGUUAAAGAAUUGUUUCUUCCAUUCCGAUGUUUCUGCACUAGAAAAGACAUAAAUUGUGAAGAUGUAGUAUUGGAGGGCGUUGAUGCUGGUAAAGGAAUCAUAGAAUAUGUACAAGAGAAUGCAAUUGAUAUUCUAGUACUAGGCGCAUCUAAGAUGACUCUUUUAAAACGUUUCAAAGCAGUAGAUGUUACGAGUUCAGUGAUGAAAGGAGCACCCAAUUUUUGUACAGUUUAUUCAAUCUCUAGAGGUAAAAUAUCGUCUGUUAGACCAGCAACGUCUUCACCUCCUCCACUUUGCACAAUACGACCACAUUUACCAGGUCGGUCGAGCAAAGCCAACAACAAUAAUAACAUUCCCAAAGUUGAGAGAAGAUAUCAACCGGUUCAAAGUAAACAAGAAGAGAUUGACAUCAAGUAUCCUUAUUUGAGAAGAGGAUAUGAAGGUACAGACCGAGCCUCAAUGGCAGAUUCCGACUUAUCGACAAUGAGUAGUGGUAGGCCAAGCAUGGAUUGGCUGUUACCGACGCCUCGUCUCUCGGUCAGUUCUGAGUUUGAAGACAAUCGUUGCAGUUUUGCUACAUCCUCAUGCUCAUCAGAAAAGCAGUCCAUAGACUUGUGUUCUACCUAUUCAGCAUUCUCCUCAAGCUCACCUGAAAGUGGGAGACUCUCUUCAGUUUCAAUGUAUAGUCAGGAUGACGUAGAAGCUGAGAUGAAAAGACUAAAACUAGAGCUCAAGUAUACAAUGGAUAUGUACAACACUGCCUGUAAAGAAGCAAUCACAGCCAAGAAAACGACUAUGGAGUUACACAAAUGGAAACUAGAAAGGGAAUGUAAACUAAAACAAGCAAGACUUGCCAAGGAAGCAGCAAUGGAAAUGGUAAAUAAUGAGAAGGCAAAGAGUAGAGCAGCUAUGGAAGCAUUAGCGACAGCUCAUAGAAUGGUAGAAAUCGAAGCUCAAAAGAGAAAGCAAAUCGAAAUGGCAGCUUUGAGAGAUGUAGAGGAUAAUAAUAAAGCAAGGUACUCUUUAAAUAAAAGUGACAAAAUGUAUAGGAAAUACACAAUAGAGGAGAUUGACAAGGCAACAAAAAGUUUCUCAAAUACUCAUAAGAUUGGAGAAGGCGGUUAUGGACCAGUGUUUAAAGGUGUUUUAGAUUACACACCUGUGGCGAUAAAAGUCUUGAGACCAGAUGCAAUAAAUGGAAGAUCACAAUUCCAACAAGAAAUAGACGUCCUGACUAGCAUACGACAUCCGAAUUUGGUUCUACUACUUGGAGCAUGCGCAGAAUACGGGUGUUUAGCUUAUGAAUACAUGGCGAAUGGUAGCUUAGAAGAUCAUCUACUUAGACGAGGCAACUAUCCAGUGCUUUCAUGGCAACUAAGAUUCCGUAUUGCAGCUGAAAUCGCUACAUGUCUUAAUUUCCUCCACCAAUUAAAACCAGAGCCAUUGGUGCACCGUGACUUGAAACCAGCCAACAUAUUACUUGACCAGCACAUGGUCAGCAAAAUUGCUGAUGUUGGGUUGGCUAGACUUGUCCCUCACUCGGUUAAUGACAUUGCCAUACAAUAUAGAAUAACGUCAACUGCUGGAACCUUGUGUUACAUUGAUCCAGAAUACCAACAAACGGGUAUGCUUGGAACCAAAUCAGACAUAUACUCAUUUGGGAUUAUGCUCUUGCAAAUACUUACGGCCAAGCCACCAAUGGGCUUAACAAGCCAAGUCGAGCGAGCAAUUGAGGAAAGAAAAUUUGCUGAGAUACUAGACCCUGUUGUUCUUGAUUGGCCACUUGCUGAGACAUUAAUAUUAGCAAAAAUUGGUCUGCAUUGCGCAUCGUUAAGUCGAAAAGACAGACCUAAUUUAGGAAAAGAUGUGUUGCCCAAGAUUAUAAGGCUUAUCGACUUAGCAGGAGAAAGCAUGCAUAACAACCAUAUCCAAGUUUCAGUAGAUAAUAAGUGA